UCCCUUAUUGUAGUGCAUUACCUGGAACUUUGGAACUGAUUGGGUUUCUUGACGAUGCUUUCCAGGGCAAGAUCUGGGCUUAGCAAGUUAACGAAUUUUUCUCCAGCUGUCUUAAAUGUAGCUGUAAAAGGGAAACAUACUCUCCCUGACCUGGCGUACGACUACGAUGCAUUGGAGCCGACAAUAAACACUGAAAUUAUGCGCCUCCAUCACAGCAAACACCAUGCGACCUAUGUGAACAACCUUAACGUUGCAGAGGAGAAAUAUGCAGAGGCGAUGGCCAAAGGUGACACAUCAGCAGUCAUAGCAUUACAGCCAGCUUUAAAAUUCAACGGUGGUGGGCAUAUCAAUCACACUAUUUUUUGGACGAAUUUGUCUCCUAGUGGUGGUGGUGAGCCUACAGGUGAACUGAUGGAAGCCAUUAAAAAGGACUUUGGUUCAUUUGAAAAUUUUAAGRAAAGAUUUAAUGCUGCAACAAUCGCAGUGCAAGGUUCGGGAUGGGGAUGGCUGGGAUAUGACAAAGUAAACAAAAGACUUGCUAUCAGCACUUGUUUUAACCAAGAUCCUUUGCAAGCAACUACAGGCCACAUUCCAUUGCUUGGUAUUGAUGUGUGGGAGCAUGCCUACUAUCUCCAGUACCAGAAUGUUCGACCAGACUAUGUGAAAGCCAUUUAUGAUGUUAUAGACUGGACCAAUGUUGCUGAUCGAUACAUCGCUGCCGCUAGGUAGUCAAGUUGUACAAUAUGUGAUAGAAYGGCAACCACCACAAGUGCGGUUAUUGUGAAUUUUAUUACUACCAAUUUMUGUAUUGGUGUUUGUAUUCCAUAAAGGAUAUUUUGUCUUUGUAAUGUAUGCWCGUCAAUAAAGUGUCAAUAAAAUCAAACCAGGAUUACAUGCA